AUGUUUCAGGGUCAUCCAUACCAUAGCCUCCAAGUGCCCAGCGAUGAGCCGUUCAAAUUAAAACCUUCACCUGGAAAAGGAUGGGGUGCUUUUGCUACCAGACGAAUAGAGCGAGGAUCGAUAAUCUUCACUGAGAAGCCCCUCUUUGUCAUCCGGAAGCCACAUACAGAGAUCACGGAGGGAUAUGUUUGGGCAGCGUUUCAACAGUUGAGUCCGAGUGAGAAAGAGCAGUUCCUCUGCCUCCGCGACAAUGGCUCUCGGUCAUUCACAUAUAUGGAGGAAGCUUUCGCCGAGAACUCCUUUGCAAUCUCAAGGGAUAAUUCGCUUCGGUCUCAAGGCACUUCAAUACACGGUCUAUUCCUUCUUCACUCUCGCUUCAAUCAUUCGUGUAUACCUAAUUCAAAGAUCCCGAACACCGAUCAAGAGAUUAUCACGAGUUUUGCGACCCAGGAUAUUGCCGCUGGUCACGAGAUCACGUUUUGCUAUAAUACAGAUUUCGAAUGUCGUCUUAGACAUGAGCGCCAUCAAGCUCUACGUUUCGUAUGCGAUUGCAAAGCCUGCCUCAUCGACACCCAGUUUCAACAACUCAGCGACAUGCGGCGGACACUUAUUCGGGGCUUGCAGUAUCUUACCCUUGGUGUAGAUCUGAACGGGCAGAAACAACAAAUGGUAUCUCCUAUCAUCUUCGAUCCUUAUCUGAAGAAAGCGGCCGAGACUUUUCAAAUUCCCCUCUCUGCUAGGUUAAUCUAUAACCUCUUCAUAAUCGUUUUACUAGAGGAGGAGGGUUUGCCUAAGAAUAACUUUAUCUCUGAGGCUUUGUUGCAGGCUUUAUUGGGAGACUCUGAGAGGAUUUUGUGUGAGGAGCUUUGCUCUAUGCGAUUCACAACCUAAGAAUAGCUUCUUCUUCUGAGGAUUUGUUGCAGGCUUUGUUGGAAGACUCUGAGAGGAUUUUGGAGACAUGCUCAAGCAUAAAUACGGGCCUGCUCCCUGUAGAUAGUUUCUAGUUCCCAGCUCACCUCUUGUUAGUUUUCUAUGUCAUAGUGUGAAUGUCAAAUUUGCUCUAUU